CAUCACGCUAUUGCUUGCUCUCCUAAAAUAUCUUUACACUGCUGCUUUAAGAAAGAAACAUUUGCUCAUCUUCUCAUCAGAAACAAAUCUGUGAUAAACCCUGACAUUCGAAAAAAAUCGAUGAUUUGAAGUCGACUCUCCUGCGCUGAGUGAAGAAUUCUCCUCUCCUAUUGAUCGUGUGCUUUGACAUGUGCCAUCGUUUAGCGCUGUGUUUAUAUUCAAUUCUAAAUUUGCUACCAAUUAUAUCCUUUUCUCAUGAAAUAAUGGUGAAUGGAGAUACCAAUUUUGGAAGCUUAUCUACAAUCGAAUCUGUUAUUUCGAAUCGACUGGCAGAAAACGAUUUUAAAAAGUACUCAGUGAACUUACAGAAUAUUGACCCUGAAUUUCAUGUGUUUAUUGAUCUGGAUACCGAGAGCAAUCACUUCGGUACGAGUUAUAAUGAUUUCAAAACCACUCAAGCAAAUUUGUACUACAAUAUUAGUGGAUCUAAUAUCGAUAUAAAUUUCGAUGAAUCGUUAUACGGAUCUGAUACUCCUCAUCAAGUGUGCAUUCGUCAUAAACCGAGAAAAGAUCGUAUCUCGAAGGAGGAAGAGAACGUUGUCGUGAGCUCGUGUAAAAAACGUCCGGCUCUCAUAGGCAUUCGCGUCAGCAAUGAUCGUGCUUCCAUUUCUGAUGAUGGUAUAAUCGAACUUCCAGCAAACACCAAAGUGAGAAUGCUCUUAUUUGGAUUGGAAUUUUCGAACGAAACCGAAAUUGCAUUUACCACCAUAGGAAAAUCAAGAGGAAGUAGGUGCGAUGACUUGCCGUUAAUUAAAAUAAUUUCUCUAUCUUCCAGUGAUGUUCUGUCAGACAGAAUAAUAGAAAUUGACCUCUCGCUUCCCAUUUCUACUAAUGGUGAUUUGUAUUAUAUGUGCUUUAAGAAUGCCAAAGAGACGAUUUCGCAAUGGAUUCACCAAGGAAAUGAACCGUGGCUGUCACUGAAAUCUGUUGGACGAUUCCUUCCAAUAGAAUUGCAGUCGAUUAUCAUUUUCUUUCUUCUCAUAUUAUCAGGACUGUUUAGUGGUUUGAAUCUUGGACUUAUGGCUCUGGAAUGUACCGAACUCCGGGUUCUGGAAAAGUGUGGAACUGAAUCUGAAAAGAGACAUGCCAGGAAAAUAUACCCUGUGAGAAAAAGAAGUAAUUACUUGCUUUGUUCAUUGCUUCUUGGUAAUGUGUUGGUCAAUAAUACCUUGACAAUCCUGCUCGAUGAUUUAACUUCUGGUAUGAUUGCUGUUAUUUUGUCUACAUUUGGAAUCGUUAUCUUCGGUGAGAUCAUACCACAAGCAAUUUGUUCUCGCCAUGGAUUGGCAAUAGGCGCUAAGACACUGUGGGUGACGAAACUCUUUAUGAUCCUGACAUUUCCUCUUUCAUAUCCUAUCAGCAGAGUUUUAGAUUUUGUGCUUGGAGCAGAGAUUCGAACUGUUUAUAACAGAAAGCGAUUAAUGGAAUUUAUCCGCUUGACAAAGGAUGAUAAUGAUUUGCAGAAUGAAGAAGUUGACAUCAUAUCAGGUGCCCUAGAAUUGACUAAAAAGACUGUUGCUGACGUGAUGACAAAAAUUAACGAUGUCUUUAUGGUUCCUAUCACUUCAGUCCUGGAUUUUGAAACCGUAUCCGAAAUAAUUAAGCAAGGUUAUUCCAGAAUUCCUGUGUAUGAUGGUGACAGAAGCAAUGUUGUGGCCCUCUUAAAUAUAAAAGAUUUGGCAUUCGUUGAUCCAGAUACUCAGACGCCUCUGAGGACUUUAUGUGAAUUCUACAACCAUCCAGUGAACUUUGUUUUCGAAGAUACGACUCUAGAUGUCAUGCUGAAUGAAUUCAAGAAAGGGAGGUCACACUUGUCGCUUGUUAGACGUGUCAACAACGAAGAGGACGGCGAUCCAUUUUACGAGCUGUUGGGUAUUGUGACCCUGGAAGAUGUGAUUGAAGAAAUCAUACAAUCUGAGAUUAUUGACGAAACGGAUGUCCUUACUGAUAACAGAAGAAAGCACGUACGCAAAGAAUCCCAAAUCAGACAAGACUUUUCGGAUUUCGCCAGGCUUGGCGUCGGAGACAAAAAACUUACCACCAUAUCGCCUCAACUAGCAUUGGCGACAUAUCAAUAUCUUUCAACUUCAGUUGAUCCUUUCAAAAGUCAAUACAUCUCUGAAAGUGUUUUGAAGAAGCUCAUGGCACAAGAUGUGUUUCUAAAAUCCAAAGUGGGAAAAGAGGGAUAUGAGCCUUCGAAUAUUCUGUUUCAAGCUGGAAAAGCUGCAGAUUAUUUCAUUCUUAUCUUGGAAGGUCGCUGCUUAGUUACAGUGAGCAAAGAGAAUUUAGUGUUCGAAGCUGGCCCUUUUGCAACAUUUGGAUUACCUGUUAUCACCAUGAAUACAAGUGAACAAGAUCUGCAAGGUUCUAGCAGCAGUACUGAGAGUGCUCCUUACAGAGUUUUUAUCCCUGAUUAUACUGUUGUGGCAACUGGUGAAACUGUUUAUAUGAAAGUGCAUUUCGCUAUAUAUCGCUCAGCUGUAACGGCUACUUUAUUAGAAAGACAACAAAAACAGGAUUCGGAUUCUAGGGAAGUUUCGAAAGCGGAGUCAGGUCGGAAUUCACAAUGUUCCAAUUCAAAAGAUACUUCUGAAGACUUAUCUGUCUAAUGAGUAAUGUGUAUCAAAAUUGCAUACUGUCAAUCAAAUGUUAGGUAUAGGGGUAGUUCUCAUAAAUUCCGAAUGGUGUGAUAAAUAUAUUCCUGUGAAUUUCUGUUGAGAUAUUUUUCUUUAAAUAGAUCUACAUAUUUGGCCAAAGAAUCUCCAAAAACUGCAAAAUAUCAUGCAAUAAGUGUGUUCUUUAGAACUAGUGAAAUAGAAAUGCCAUAUUCGAUGUUUUAUUUCAUAAUCAAGCAUUAUGAAAUAUAAAACGGUCGUCCUAAUGUGUUCAUGAAAUAAGUGUUGUUUUGUAAAUUGUUGUGUAAAUGUAAGAAUUUAUUUAGCAAACUGUUAAAUUAGUGCCAUUAUCAUCAUAUAAAUAUAUAUAUUUAUCGUUUAUAUAUUUACAAUAAGUUUUGCUCAUAAGAAUC